AUGCACGAACAACGCCACUUCUCCGCCACCGUCUCCUCUCGCCUCGCCGACCUCCAAACACAACUUGACACCCUCACCGCUACCCAAUUCGCCGAGGCCUCCCCGCUGCUCAACGUCGUCAAGGCCGGCGUCCGGGCGUUCCACGGGGAGCUCGCGAAGCAGUACGUCAGCAGGUACUCGGGUAAUUGGUUCACUGAUAAGGUGGUGAAACCAAAAACGUCAUCUGAAGCGAAAACAGUUAAAACCAUGCCAAAUCCUGCUGACAACACCGAAAUAACCGAGUACGGGAGGAAGUGCGCGAAGGUGUUCCUGACGGCACUCAGCAUUACUCACAACGCUUUGAAAGCUUUGAAGAAAUAUGGCAGCGUUAGAUGGAGAUCUCAACAGGUAAAUGACACAACCGAAUUUGGGAAAUUCUUCAUCAACCAUGGAUACCAUGUCGCUACAGGUGACAAACAACAAUGGGAGCUUCAGGAUAAGGUAACGAAGACAGGUUUCCAUAUCUACAAACUAGUGGUAAAGGACGACGAUGAACACGUAUACACGAAACAUGAUCAUGAUCAAGAUAAUGGCCCCCUGAAGCGGCUUCACGGCUGUCUCCAAACAUAUUACAGAGUCGGCCACGUAACUAGUGCAUCCGCCAAGAAGCGUCCAUCUAAUAUAUUCGAGAUACUGUGCUGGAUAUCUGGUCUGCCUUCAAAUAACGUGUAUGACGAUCUGCUACAUGACGCCGUUAGUGACUUAUUUGUGGAUCCUGCUAAGCAGGUCACAGUUGGUGACCUAGCCGCUGCAGUUGUCGGCGAUGAACCCGUACCGGCAUAUCCGCACUCAAUCGAAUUGGAACGCACUCAAGCAGCAGUGACGCGCUUAUGUUCGAAAUCCUACGACGUAUUAGCGACAAUACUCGGCUACGGAGACGCGUACACUAUGUACGCAGUCGACUUCGGCAAUAACGCACUUAAUUUCCACUAUCCCCCCAAAGCAGGAGAUUGUUUGCAAAUGCUGAUCGAUAUGCUGCGUAGAUUACUACCUCCACUGCGCUUCUUACAUAGCCAGUGUAAACUCGGUGCUGAAUUCCACGGCUGGUCAGAAUGCUUCUACGGAAAGGAUGUCAGAACAACCAAGUGGACAUGUACCGACCACUCGAGCGACGAAGUAACGUGCCAACCAAACUGCCAACCAAAAGGCAAAGCAAAUUGCCAACCAACUUCCCCCCUUCAGUCGUAUUUAUCCGAUUGUCUAGUCGGUCGUUUACCGCAUGAACUUAGCAGUAUUGGAUGUAAGUAUGACUGUCGCACGUGCUCUAAAUCUCAGCCUGGACAGCCGUGUCUGACGCCACUUGGCUUCAGAGCUUUCUCGGGAUCCGCAAAAACUGGUAAACACAUAUGCGAUGUGCUCGAUGAAUUUUUCAAUAACGAGAAACUGUUAGCGCUAUUCACCUUUUCUCCUCAACCGCCAGCCAGUCUGCCAGAACACUUCGGAUUUGCAUUGUCGCUUGCGGCAGGACUUAAUGCUUCUAAUGCGAACAAACACGAUGGAGUUAUUACAUUACAAGAUGCACUGGAAACAUCCGUUAAGGAAACAUCGAUGGACCUUUACAACGAAGCAUCAGCUUUUAUCACUGCUUUUCGUAAUGCAUAUCAUAGUACGCAUGGCGGUAAAGCUAUGAUGCAUCCAACAGCUACAAAUGCUGACUUGAAGAGUCUAUCAAUGCGCGACUCAUGUAUGGUUGCUGCGAAGGACAACGUCCACUGCGGCCCCUACCUAUCAUCUCUCUACUCUGAUGCAUACUAUUACCUCGCCCCAAAACAUUGCAACCUAUAUCUAUCAUGGGCUGUCUACUUACCUUGGACGCUAUAUCGAUAUCUUCAAGGCCUAUUUGAUUCUUUCUGCAAUAUAUCCUGCCAGGAUUGGGGGUGCCGUGGCUGUCUGCAAAACGAGAAAUGUAAGAAGGGUAAACACGGUGAAGACUACAAUUGUAAAUGCCGUGGAAUUGUCGAAUGUCGCGGUGUAAUGAGCGUAUUCCAUACUUACGGAUUUUCAUUUGGGGACGCAUCGAAACUAAUGUCCACGGAUGAGUGGAGAUAUUGCCGCAAUUUCUACGCUCAAUUCAAAAAUGUGCUAAAAUCUGAAUAUUUCAAUACACUCUUCGAAAAGUGCGACGAAUUCCUCUUCAGAAUCCGCUCACCCUUCAUCUGGCUCAACGUAGCCCUCUGGCUCCUCUCUCUCCUCUACCUCAUCCACAUCAUGGUCAUCCGCCUCGAUCUGCUCCACAUCAAAUCGCAUUUGCACUCACCCUCAUCGCAUCGCAUAGCAGCUCAAUCACUUCUUGCCGCCGCACGUGUUAACAAGCUUAACAGAGUGUUUUACCUGCAACCAUAA